AUGCUAGACGUCGUCCUCGACUCUAAACUGAAGUGUAAAGAGUGCCGAGGACCGCCCGAGGCACGUUGUUAUACGUUUAAGUUCGCGGCUGCUGCGAUUGUGGCGUAUAGGACUAUUCCGAGUUUGCUGGCUAUUCGGAGGAAGAACGAAGAGGAGGGUAAGAGAAAGAAGAUCAAGGAGGAGGCGAGGCGGAAGAGAAAGGAGGGAGAAGCAAGACGAAAUGUUCUUCGAGAUAGGAUUAAGGAGGAGGAGGUGGUUGCGGAAGCUUGUUGUCUUGAGCAGGCUAGGCGUAGGAAGGAGGAGAAGGAGCGCGUGGAGAAGAUUCGGGAGGAGAUGAAGAUUAAGGAGCAAGCAAUGGCCGAGCAAGCCCAGAUCUUGGAGGAGGCUCGACGAAAGAAUCAGGAGCAAGAGAUAGCUGCGCCAGCUUCCUAUCUAGAUGAAACGAAGCGAGAUAAAGAACCAAAGAAGCCACUGGGAAAUAUUCGGGUGGGGAUCAAGGAGCAAGCUAUGGCCGAGCAAGCCCAGGUGUUGGAGGAGGCUAGGGGGCAGAAAAAGGAGCGAGGACUAGAACUUGAACUUUCAUACGACCUCACGGCAGCUGCUGGCAAGGCCCAGAAAGACCAUAAACCAGAACCGAACUCCACUUCUUCGGGCGAUGCAACUCCAGCCCCCAAAGAGGAAGAAGAAGAAUGGGAAGACAUCUCCAUCGACCUAGCAGACGAGAUGGCGGAGCUGGAGAUGGAGUCUCGAGAUCUAGAUGGAUGGGUUAUGGUUUGA